AUGGCGCAAUUGCCUCCCAAGGUCCCCAACAUUUCUACUAAUUGGCCCAAUUUCGGCCACCAGAGAGCGCCCUCCAUGGGGAACUUCUUCCCCCCCGCCGUCACCAGUUCAGCCCCUUCGCCCGCUGCCUACUCGUCAUGGGUGGACGAGUUCCUGGACUUCUCCGCCACGAAGCGCGGGGCGCACCGGAGAUCGGCGAGCGACUCCAUUGCCUUCCUCGAGGUCCCCAUGAUCGCCAACGUAGAGGACUGUCACCGGAACGAGGGCGGGCCUCGCAGCAGCCGACUCCAGGAGUUCGAUCGACUGGACGACGACCAGCUCAUGUCGAUGUUCUCCGACGACGUUCCCCCGGCGGCUGCCUCGGCCCCGGCAUCGUCCUCGAACCCCUCGACGCCGUCCGACCAUAACAGCAUCAACGACGAGAAGACCGGACCAGGGUCGGCGGCGGCGGAGCCGCAGUCGCAGGAGGUGCAGAGUACCUGCAAGUCGGAGCCCGGGCGGGCCUCGGAGGCUGUGCCGGCGCCGGCGGCGGAAACCAUUGUCGAUCCGAAGAGGGUCAAGAGGUGAUCACCGUCCACGAUGCGGAUAGAGCAUCGCUAGCACCUUCAUCUCACAGAAUUAUCCCGACGCAUUUCCCUCUAACCCUUCUCCUCGGAUUUUGCAGGAUCUUGGCGAACAGGCAGUCGGCUCAGAGAUCGCGAGUGAGGAAGCUACAGUACAUAUCAGAGCUCGAACGCAACGUCUCCUCACUCCAGGUGAUCUGAAUUUCCCUAGAUACCCACUUCCGUAUGAUCACCAUCUCUAUCAUUCUGCCUGCAAAUGCGCCCCCGCUUCGUUCUUGAUCGACAUGAGUCACCCCCGUUCGCAUCGCAAUUCGACUAUAAACAUACCGAAGAACGAUAUCUAAGAAUCACGCGUUGCACUGCAGACCGAGGUUUCGGCGCUGUCGCCGCGGGUCGCCUUCCUCGACCACCAGCGCUCGGUGCUCACCAUGGGAAACAGCGCGCUCAAGCAGCGGAUCGCCGCUCUCGCACAAGACAAGAUCUUCAAGGACGGUGAGUUCUUGCCCUCUAGUUUCUCUCCUUCUGUCAUCUACCGAUGUCGGCUUAGAAUUAUAGCCUCUUCGCCUUCCAUUUAAUCCGCAAUUUGAAUGUGGCUACUCGAAUUCCUCUCCCUACGCAGCUCCAUGAGGUUUCUCAAGGUUCGGGCAAGAAUUCGCAUGACCCCACUCAGUAGAUUUCCUGAAGCAACCCCCCUCCCGUCUCGGCUUCAUCUCCCGCUUGGUGCUUUCAGCUGUGCAUCAUUCAUUCUUGGGCCACCUUCACUGCCUACAACACUCGGACCAGUAGUCCCACAUGCCCCCCCAAAGAAGACAAGGGAGUGUGCUUGCAUCUGCGUUUCUCUCCCGACACCGCACUAAAUGAGAUGAGAGCGAAACGACAUGAGAGCUGGAUUCGUAUCUACCAUACGAUCCGUAGAGAGAGAGAGAGAGAGGAGGGGGUGUAUACGCCUUCGUAUUCAUUGAUGAGAUUAAACAGGAAGAACGUCAAAAAAUACGUCGUCCUUUCUGAUGAUGAAUAUUAUCGUGAAUUAACCGCGGUUAACCCACAAUGCAGCUCACCAGGAGGCGCUGAAGAGGGAGAUAGACAGGCUAAGGCAAGUUUACCAGCAGCAGAGCUUCAAGAAGAUGGGCCCUGCCGCCACCCACGCGUCCGAACCCACGAGCUGCGCCGACAAGGAGUUGCGCAGCUGA